AUGGCAACAAGAAGUCGAAGAAGCGCAACAGGUAGUGAUUCUCUGAACCCAGCAAUGAUACAAUUGUAUGAUACAGGGAGAUUGCGUCGAGAAUUGAAACAGAGAGGGCUUGAUACGACAGGUACCAGAAAUGUACUUGCUGAUAGAUUGCAGGAAGCAGUUCUUUCGGAACGUAAUAGUCGACAGGCAUAUUCUCCGCCACCGCAACCAGAAAAACCUACAAAAAAAGGAAUAAGGAGAUCGCUGAAGGGGGACGAAGAAAAUGAAAAUGAGACUGGAUUGGACUCAGAACCUAUUAUGUCUCCAAAAACAAAAAAAAGUCGACAUAUUGAGGAAGUUGAUGAAAUCAAUUUGAUAGAAGAAUCGUUUUCUAUUGAGCUUUCGAAUAUAUCCUCAAUUGAUGAAAUACAGAUGGAAGCAGAAAAGGCUUUCACACCACACUGCGUGUCCAAUACUACUACAGUUCACGGAGAGCCGUUUCAUAUGCUAAAAGUUGAAAGAUCUCUAAUAUCGAACGAAGAAACAAAUUCUAAAUUGAAAUUGAUCCCGUGUGAACCUAAAAAGUUGACAUAUCUGGAUAAAUGCAGACAUAAGGAGUUGAAGCACGAAAAAAAGAUUAAUGAAGAAGUGGUAACUGACGAACUGACUAGUUCCAGUGAUGAUGAAGAAUUACGAUGGCUUUAUAAAAUAAGAAGAGGGAAGAAACCUCGGAAAACUUUACUUGAAAAAAGACAUACAUUUAUUGAUAGCAUCAGCAGAAAUGAGAAUGAAGUGGAUGAAGUACCAGAAGCUUCUACAGCAAAGUUGAUUUCCAAGGAGGAUCAGAUAAGUGAAAAGGAAGAUGAGAGAUAUGGUCGAGAACGGAGUUCGAAAUCAUCUUCCACAGAAUCAUCAAAAACACUAAGCGUUGUCAGUGUGAAUGAAAAACCAACUAAAGCGUUGAUUCAAAAGGGUUCAAUUAAAAUCAAAUUCAAAACUAAUCUUUUGAAAACUACCGUUGAAAAAACAUCGGAAUUGAAACGGAAAGAAAUGCCAUCUAGUUCCAUCGGAUUAAUCGGAAAAGACGGAAAAGUGCAUUCUGAUGCGACAUUGAUCACUGUAGCACAAGCGGAAAAAAUGAAACGCGCAUUCACUCCACCGCUAUUAUUACCAAAUACUGAGAAAUCAAAAGACCAUACUUCCCGCAAAAAGAUCCCAUUAAGAAUGCAAGCACCUAUUGAUGUACUAGAUUCUAUUUUCGAUAAACAGGCCCAGCUUUUGUCAAGCAAAUAUAAGACAGAACAAGAAAGAGCUCUUGAAAGACAGAAACUAGAAAUGGAAAAACGACGUCAAAACGCGAUCCCUUCGAUUCCUUCGUUAUCUGCUACAUCCUCUGCAGGACAGGAGAAGCGCAAACAUGUCGACUUUGUCCUUCCUUCUAAAACAUCACUAGAGCAAGAUGUCAUACAGCAACAUUCCACCUGGCCAAUAGCACCAGAUCUCCUUUCUCAUCUUCCUCGAUCAUCGCGUCAUAUUCGAGAAAAUGCUGGCAUGGAUGAAAAACGCUUACUAGCGCAACUGCCACCACCUCCACCACCACCACCGCUUCUGCCUUGCUCCAAAAAAGUGCCCAUGCCUUCCACGUCGAGCGCAGAUUUCGAUAACACAUCAGCAAUGGAACAUUCGGGAAGUGAGAGUAUCGAGGAAAACAUCGUAUCACUGAUGACUCCAACAACUCCAUGUUCAAGCAAUUCUCCAUCGUCUAUCAGGACUCCUCCGUCAAUUCCUUGUUAUAGGAGCCCGUUGGAAACCUCAGUUAAACCUUUGCAUUCAAUUGAGGCGUCUACUUCAAGUACUGCUUCAGUUACGAAAAUUGAUUCGGAACGAAUAAAAGAAAUGGCUUCAGCUUUGCAAGCCGUAUUUGCCCGUUUAGGUAAUGUUCCACCACCUGCAAUUGCUCCUCAAUUUGAUGGAAGCGAAAAUAAUGUGAUGGGAGAAACAAGCACACUUAUAAUUUCGGAUCCUGGUACGCUGGAGCAAAAUUCUUCAAUUCCUACUGCUGAAAAGCAUAUAAUUAGUGAACCGGAAAAAAUCGGAAGUGGACCGGAACAUAUCGACGUGAUCUCUGGAACUUCAUUGAUUUGUGUCACCGAGCAUGAAUCAACAUAUUCAGGCCUUACUCAGGGAAUAUCUUCAGCAUCAAACAGUUUUCGAGAAAGCAGCACUAUAACUCCGUUGCAGCAGCCAAUGUUAGGUCCGAGUGGUACGGCUCAUUUCAUUGAGGAAUUUACGCCUCGUUUGCCAACAGAAAUUGAUAAUGAUUUCGAAGAGGAGACUGUUGCAUCCAUCGUUGAAGAAAUCGUAUGUGCCACAGUGAAUGGUGGACUUUCAAUAUCCAAUAGAUAUACUGGAGACAGGGAUAAAAAAGUGUCUAUCGAAAUUGGGGAAAGAGAAGAGCUGGAAAAAAAACCAGAUAUAUCGGAGGAUUUACUGCGAGAUCCAAGGCGCUUAUUGCAGAAAGCAAGUGAUGUGCUAAAAAGUUUGCAGUCGCUGGAAAUAGCAGCUGAGCAAGCUUCUGCAGAAAAACAAAAUCAACAGCAAUAUGAACAGUUACCUUUGGACGAAAAGUAUGAAGAAGAUGAUAAUGAAGACAAACCAUUGCCUGAUUUUCACGGAGAACCGGUGCCUGAUUCAGAUGAUGAUAUCAUAAUUGAAGGAGUAACUCGGAAAAGAACUAUGAAAAAGAAUACAGUACAGGAAGAGGAACCGGUACCCGGCGAUGAACUAGUUGAAGUUGACUUCUACAAUGCUGAUUUGAACGUCAAAGCAAGUGAAACCUGCCAAGAAAUCAUCGAUCCAGACAACGGCGAUGGUUUUGCUUUGAUGUGGGGCGGAGCCAGGUCGACAUAUGGCAUUCGAGUUCCUUCAGACAUAGUCGAUUUUCCUACUGUUAUGUUCCAAAUUAAGCUGUUGGACUGUUUACCAAUUAAGCAUCUACCAUUUGAAGAGAUAGAUGCCCAUAAUGUUCGUGUUGGAUGGUCAACUCAGAAUUCUACAAAUAUUCUAGGAGAAGCGCCCCAUUCUUAUGCCUUCGAUUUAUUGGCAAAAAAAGCUACAAAUAAUUUUUUUACGGAUUAUGGUGAACCUUGUCAAGUUGGCGAUGUUGUAACUUCAUGCUUGGAUUUGGCAUCAGGCAAAAUACAUUUCUGGAAAAAUGUAGAAUAUUUGGGAGUGGCUUUUUCCGAAAUCAAUUUUAGCGAAAACGACAUUAUUUUUCCCCACAUUUGUACCAAGAAUUACAAACUGUCAGUGAACUAUGGUGACAGCCAGUGUGAGGGAUGGAUGUCAGGCAUGGAACUACAGAAAAAUGCAGCAUUAAGCAUUAGCACCUCACCCAUUUAUUUCAGCAAAUUAGACCGGACAGUACUUGUUCGCGGUCCAAUACCACCAUCAAGCAAAAGUGAAUGCACGGUUCUGAUGAUGGUAGGCUUACCAGGAGUUGGCAAAACAACCUGGGUGAGGCAAUAUCUCCGUGAGCACCCGCAAGAACAAUGGACUUUAUUGAGUACUGAUACAAUACUUGCAGCAAUGAAAGUUAAUGGAGUUCCAAGAAGUAGGGUCCAUCAGGGUCGAUGGGAUAUGAUAAUGGGUCUUAUUGCUAAAGCACUCAAUCGUUCCUUACAUUUAGCCUGUAGGAGGCGUAGAAAUUAUAUUAUUGACCAAACUAAUGUUUCAAAAGAAGCAAGAAGGAGAAAACUAUCUCAAUUCAAAGAUUUCCAACGCAAGUGUGUCGUUAUAAUUCCAUCAGAAGAGGAAAUGAUUACCCGACAAAUGAAGCAGUCGCGUAUGGAUGGAGCUGGACCAAUACCCGUGGAGGCAAUGUUGGAACUCAAGGCGAUGUUGUCAAUACCAAAUGUUGAAAUGGAACCGAUUGAAGAUGUUUUCUUCGUGGAACCACCACUAGAACGAAUUGGUGAUGCCAUCGAUCUCGUUCUACGAUUCAAUGAAGAGGCUCGACCGUGGUGUCAGAAGCGACGAAGCCGACGAGGAGAACCAUUGCGGCAGAAUGAUUCAAGGCUUAUGAAUAAUUCAAACGCGCGAAUAUCUAACGACAUUUCCUCAGCUACAACGAACAUAAGUGCUCAUGAGGGUAAUCAGUUGAAUGGACAACCAUCUCCAGCAGAGACAAGAUCAAAUGAAAGCUACUGCAGUUUCGAGCGAGAAAUGCCACCAUCACUAACAUCUUCCACAGCAUCUUCUUGGGCUGAGCGUAAAAGUGCUUCCAUCAAUUAA